AUGUCUGACGUUGAGGAUGAACAAAUUAAUGACGAGGUUGAAGAUCAACAAGUUGAUGAAAAUGAUGAACCAGUCCAAUCAAAUCUUGAUCCUAGUGUUUUAUCACCAUCAUUAAAAUCUCCAACACCAGGAAAACAACAUGGUUUACCAAGUUUACCAAAAACUCUUCUUAAAAAAAAAGAACUUUAUUCUCAAGGAAAACCAUCUAAAUUUGAUAAAGCUAAGCUUAUGAAAUCUGAAGGUAUUGUUCCAAUUCAAUCUGGUUCAAAUAAAUAUGCCUCACAAAAAGGUAUGACUGGUUUUGGAGCUCCACGUGAUGUACUUUAUAAAGAUAAACAUCAAAAUCUUAAAGAAAUUACUGAUGAAAAAAAAAUUGAAAAUCUUCGUGGUUCAACAUGGCUUCAAUCUGGUACAAAUAAAUUUGCUUCACAAAAAGGAAUGACUGGAAUGGGAACACCUCGUGAUGUUAAUUACAAAAGUAAAGGAACUGGUGGUGCAUCUGAAGUUCCAGAAGAAAAAGCUCGUCUUUCUGAUGGUAUUGUUCCACUUCAAAUGGGUACCAAUAAAUUAGCAUCUCAAAAAGGUAUGACUGGACUUGGUAUGCCAAGAAUUGUUGAUGUCAGAAAAACAGAUGAACAAGAUCGUGAAUCACAAGGAUUCAUUCAUCUUCAAAUGGGAACAAAUAGAUUUGCUACUCAAGCUGGUAUGACUGGUUUUGGUAUGCCAAGACAUAAUAUUACAAAAUAUACUGAUGAAGUUAGAGGAGAAAUGCCAAAUGAUGAAUCUGCAAUAUCAAGACAGACUACAGGAUGGAAAGAAGGAGCUAAUCAAGGUGGUAUGACUGGAUUUGGUGCUUUCAGAAAUAAUACAAUUAUUACACUUCAAGGUCAAGAUCAAAGAUCCCAAGGAAUGAUUCCAUAUCAAAUGGGUGUAAACUUUCUUGAAUCACAAGCUGGAAAGACAGGGUUUGGUAUGCCACGUAGAACAUAUACUCCAUAUGUUGAUGAUACCCAUGAAGAUUUACCAGCUGAGUUAACUCGUGAUCCAGAAGUUCCAUUUUGGUCAGGUCAAAAAGAAUCAGAUUUUGCUUCACAAUGUGGUAUGGGAGCUUUUGGAACACCACGUGAUGUCAGAGGAGAAUAUGUCAGAAGACUUUGGUAA